AUGAGUGCCAUAGACGCGCUCUACAUCUUCGACGAGCACAACAACCUCAUCCUUGACCAUGUCUAUACCGGCCGGCCACCGCCGCCUUCGAUCGUUCUCCCUCUCUACCUUCAGCAGUCCUCGCCCCGACCCAGCGUGAUUCACCUUCCUUCGCUCAGCCCACCGACUCUGGUCUAUUCAAUAGUGCAGGACAACAUCCUCUUCAUCGCGCCAACAUGCUCUGCUACAACGGAGCCGCUGGUAGUGCAAGAGUUCCUGCACCGUGUAGCAGAUGCUCUAGAAGAGUUUCUCGGCAGCCCGCUGCUUGCGAGCAAGAUCACAGCUUCCUAUGACAUUGUCGCGCAGGUGGUGGCCGAGAUGGCCGACGCUGGAGUCAUAUGUCAGACAGAAGCGAACGCCUUGCGAGAUGUAGUUGAGACUGGACCAGGCGUGCUUAAGAAUCUGCUCGGUAGCAUUGGCGCCUCUGGAACAAGUCCUGCUCUGCAAUCUGGCGGAAGCACUGGCAUAGGCUCGAGUGGAUUGCGACCACAAAUACCACAAGUGCAGAGCUCCCAAGGCUCGGCAAUCCCAUGGCGACGGAGCAACGUUCGGCACACGAGCAACGAGCUUUACGUGGACUUGGUAGAGAACCUGAGCGUAACGAUCGCCCCAUCUGGACGUCCUCUUGCUGCUUUCGCCAAUGGGAGCAUUGCAUUUACCUGCAAGGUCAGUGGCGUACCCGACCUUAUGCUGAAUCUCUCAACUGGUGGCAAAGGUGCAGGCAUGGGAACGAAGGGCCACCAGCUGAGAAGAGUGAUGGAGAGAGUGGUCUUUCAUCCUUGUGUGCGGCUAAGCAGAUGGAAGAGUGAAGGCAUGAUAUCUUUCGUGCCUCCAGAUGGCAGGUUUGCACUCUGUGGUUAUGAGGUCGAUCUGCUGGGCACUGAGACGCCUCUUACAGCGGCGACCAGCAGCAAAAACUCCGCAGCGAGUCUCGGGCUUCCUGCUGCGAUCGAAGUGAACACUGGCGUUGGAACGAACGGAGCAGACUUUGAAGUUCGUCUUUCGCAACCUGCCGGGGCAACAUCAAGCGCAACUGCGAGCCUACAAUCGAAUCUCGCGCGACCGACAGGAUCUUUCAGAGCUCAAACUGGCGGUGACUCAAAAGCACCGGCGCUCGAGAACAUGACGGUGCACGUUCCAAUCCCAGCCGGCGUGCGCAACGUCUCUGAUCUACGGCCUAGCAAAGGCGAAGCGAACUUCAACCCAGCAGACGGAAGCGUUGAAUGGAGGGUGUCUGGUAAAGACUUUGGCAUUGGUGGUGCUGUACUAAGAUGUACGGUGCAAGGCCCGAUAAGCGAAGACGACGAAGACACGGGUGGAGUGUUGAAUGGCAUGACGGCAACGACUUACGACUACGAUGAAGACGGCGGACCCUCUGCGUAUCAGUCUCAGAACUCUGAUACCAACGUUGAGUACGGGCUUACCUCAGGGUCAGCAAAUGGCACGACGGCACGAGACAAGGCAGAGCGCAAUCGCGAACUGAUGCCGACGUCUGCCACGCUUUCGUUCAGUGUGAAAGGGUCGCUGGCCAGUGGACUCAAGGUCGAGAGCCUACUCGUGGACACGAAGAAGAGUCGUGGCAUUGGACCGGAGAUUAAGCCUUACAAGGGUGUAAAAUACCUGACUGUUAGCCGGAAAGGUGUGGAAGUGAGGUGUUAG